GGGAAUUCGUAUGCGUAGACGUGCGACGACCGCCAAAGGACUCCACUGCCCAUGUUCAUCCAUUCUUAGCCAUAGUAUUGUCUUCCGUAUCCCCCCCUCACAGCCCAUGGUCAUCUAUUCAGCUUGCUUCCCAUCUACUAUAUCAUCUAUUCAGUUUGCUAGCAAUAGAUCGAUAUCAAGGCUAAUUCUCCGAUGGCUACUACUAGCUGCUGGUUCUUGUUCUUCGUCUGGGUUUGGUGGCUGCCACUGAUGCUCGCCGGGGGCGAGGAGCAGCAAGGGGAAGGCUGCUUGCCCAAGAUGUGCGGCAACCUCACCAUCUCCAACCCAUUCUGGCUCCCUGACAAGGGGGCGGGAAGAUCUUGUGGUUCCAUGGAUUUUGAGGUCGCUUGCCAUAACAACAGUUUUCCAGGUCUACGGAGCUCUAUACCCUUGGCCUCGGGCCUUGGCUUUGCAAUCAUCGACAUCUCUUACAAGGAAAACAGUUUGCGCGUCGUUGAUCAAGGCAAUCUGGAACUACUGCAAGCCUCCAACAGCUGCCUUGGAAUGAUAUUGAACACAUCCGUCAAACUUGGCGAACCGUUUAGGAUCAAUCCCGUCGGCCUGAACCUCAUCUUGUACAACUGCACGGAGGAGGGCGCAGCGGCGACUGCAGCACAUCGGGACAGGGACCUGGUAAAGACCGGAGUGAGAUGCCGGAACGAGAGCAAGGUGCUUGUCCGCACGGGAGUACCUUACGACGCGACCGGGAACUAUGGCGGCUACGCUUUGAAGGGCUGCGAAGCUGUCGUCGUGCCGGUGAUGGGCUCGUCCGGUGAGGCGAACGUGAGCAACUACGAGCAACUCAUCAGCAAUGGCUUCCUCUUGACAUGGGAUCUGCCGCAACCUGCACCUGCACCUCUCCAUACGUCUUCACGUACACGUAGCAAGAAGAAAGCGAAGAUUAUACUAAUAGGUAUAACAUCAGCAGCUGCAACCUUUCUCUUUGCAUGUCUUUAUGUGCUGAUAUGCCAUAGAAAACGGAAAGGACUAUGGUUUCUCCUUUGCAAGACUAGCAGCAAAACUGAAAAAAAAUACGAGGCAAUGAUAGUGUCGUAUGGAUCCCUAGCUCCAAAAAGAUACAUGUACUCAGAGGUAAUGAAGAUAACAUCUUCUCGCAACAAUCAGCUUGGAAAAGGUGGUUAUGGUGUGGUCUUCAAAGGAAGACUACAUAAUGGCCGUCUAGUGGCUGUGAAAUUCUUGCAUGACUGCAAAGGAAAUGGGGACGAGUUUGUGAAUGAGGUUAUGAGCAUUGGCAGGACCUCUCAUGUUAAUAUUGUUAGCUUAUUUGGGUUUUGUUUGGAGGGGUCAAAACGAGCUCUUAUAUAUGAGUACAUGCCCAACGGUUCCUUGGAUAAGUACAUUUACUCAGAGAACCCCAAAGAAAUUUUAGGAUGGGAGAGGCUCUAUGCGAUAGCACUCGGGAUUGCUCGUGGCCUCGAAUACUUGCACCAUAGCUGUAAUACACGUAUCGUCCAUUUUGAUAUCAAGCCCCAAAAUAUCCUUCUAGACAAGGAUUUUAACCCGAAGAUUGCUGAUUUUGGUCUAGCUAAAUUGUGUCAUACAAAGGAGAGCAAACUUUCAAUGACUGGUGCUAGAGGAACGAUUGGAUUCAUCGCACCAGAAGUUCACUCUCGAACAUUUGGAGUGGUUUCAACAAAGUCAGAUGUUUAUAGUUAUGGAAUGAUGCUUUUGGAGAUGGUUGGAGGAAGGAGAAACGUAAAAUCAGCUGUUGCAAAAUCAAGCGAAAAGUAUUUUCCAGACUGGAUUUAUGACCACUUUGCGCAAGAUGAUGGACUACAAGCAUGCGAAGUCACAGGAGAAACUGAGGAAAUCGCAAGAAAGAUGACCUUAAUUGGCCUGUGGUGCGUACAAAUACUGCCUGCAUAUCGCCCUACCAUAACCAAAGUUCUAGAAAUGUUCGAGAUAAGCUCAGAUGACAUGGACAUGCCACCGAAGCAAAACUUCUCUGGAUUGCUUGAAAGUUCAGCUCACAAUAUGGAUGUACAAAGUUCAAGUUCUAACAGAUCUGAGGAGAUCAGCCUUGUGAAUUCAAAAAUCCUACAACAAUCACCAACUCUUUGAGCAGAUAAGCCUUGUGAAUCAAAGAACCUACAUUCAUUUCCAACACUGUGAGAUGGUGGCCCUGUACUAGAGUACAUUCAGAAAUUGAACAAGCGCAGCGAAAUUCGGCAUUGUGUAUUGCAGUAUAUUCAGAAAAUAAACAAUUGCAACAAAAAUCUGCAUUGUAGUAGAACAUAUUCCAGGUAUGCAUGACCUAUAGUCAAUAGCAUCCACAUGCCAGCAUCCUAAGUUAUGGACCACAGAGGGAAUAACAUUAAUUCUGAUGAGUGUUGUGUUCCAACUGCUAAUAGGCAUCAGAGGCAGACAGCUACCAAGAACUUGUUGAUUGUAAAUUUCCCCCAAAACUGAAUACACACGAUUUGGCUCUACCUGGAGCCCCUAA